CAACGAAUCUGCUACUCUGAUCUCGUCCUACUCACCAUGGCAGAGACAGACGACGUCGAGAUGGCUUCUGCCAUGGCAGGCCCGUCUAGCGGCAUCGCUCAGAUGGUCAUGAGCGCACCGCUGGCUGAAGUCCACUCGGCGACGAAUGAUGCCUUUGAUUGGGAGGCUUACGUAGCCAAUUAUCAGGGCCGUGCUCGACUUCUUCGCCUCAUUCACAUCGCCAAGACUGCUCCUCAGCUACGAAGCUCCGCCGCAGCCCAAGCAGCCGACAUCGUCAAGUCCGCCACGAGCGACGUCCAAGCCUACCAACAACUCGUCGCCCUCUGCAACGCCGUCCCCCCUCAGCCCACUUAUACAGUAGAUGACAUCUGGAUCCAAGAGACAACUCAGCAUGUCAAACAGGAAGGCGAAAAGCUCGACCUGGAACUGCGCAACUAUCAGAACAACCUCAUCAAGGAGAGCAUCCGCAUGGCGAAUCGCGACUUGGCCGACUACUAUCGCAGCUGCGGACUGUUGCAGGAGGCAUUGCAGUGCUAUCAGAGGACGAGAGAGCAUUGCUCGACUGCCGAACAUGUCAUGGAUAUGUGCUUGAGCGUCAUUGAGGUCGCACUCGAGAUGCAAAGCUACGCUACCGUCGUAGCCUUUGUCAACAAAGCUGAAGCAGUUCUCGAGACGUACAACCCAGCCGCAGCAGCCGGUAGCGCUGGAGGCUCAGCUCGAGCUGGCGGCACGUCUACUUCAACCACGUCGUCCAUCAUCGUUCCUCCCAGCAAGGGAGCCUCAACUUCAGGCGCAGACGCCAUUGGCGCUCUCUUCCGAGCAGGAGGGAGCGCAGCCGCCAGUGCAGCAUCGGGAGACCAGGCAGCGAGGGGAGGGUCCGCUGACGGUGGGCAAGGGAAUGCGGCUGGAGAAACCAGGGUCAAGAAUGAAGUCGCUCGUAUCAAGGCGAUCCUGUGUGUCGCUGGAGGGCUGGCUGCACUUGGACAAGGACGAUUCGAGGCCGCUGCCACCAGCUUCUUGGCUACGGACCCGCUCUAUGCGUCCAGCUUCGCGCAUUUACUCGCACCCGGCGACCUCGCCCUCUACUCCACACUAUGCAGCAUUGCCGUCCUCCCUCGUCCCAGCCUCAAACGCAUGGUGAUGGAUCGUCCAACAUUCCGCUCAUUCACAGAGCAUGAUCCGCCCACUCGCGAGCUACUGGAUGCAUUCUGGGCUUGCGACUACGAGAAGACCCUCGCUCUUCUCGACAAAUGGAGGAAUCGCCACACCCUCGACCUCUAUCUCGCGCCUAGGCUUGGAACCUUGAGGCGCUUCGUGAUCCGAAGGGGACUGCAACAAUUUCUCGCACCAUUCACCACCGUAAGCCUGACCAGGCUCGCAGAGGCUUUCGGGUGGUCAAUGGAUCAAGCAAGGGCGGAAUGCCUUUCUCUUGUCGAGCGCGGCGAGGCCAAUAGCAGUGACAAGACUCACGACACUGCCUCGCGCGGCGAUUGGCGCCUGGACUGGGUAGACGAUCUCCUUGUCCGCCUUCCGAAAGACGAGCGUAGCAACCUCUUUGAGAAGACGAUGAAGCAAGCCAAAGCUACGAUUGCCACUUCUGAGCGAUUGGCGUUCCGCAUCGAGCUUGUCCAGCAGGGCCUGACGUACAAGGAGCCAACGCAGCAACAGGGAGGGCAGGGCCAACUGCCGACUUAUGCCGAGCAGACGCAAGGUGCGCCACCCAGAUUGGCGCCUGCCGGUAGGGGUAAGGGGAGGGAGAGGAGGUACGUGGACAACGGCGAGGAUGACGAUGAGCUUGUAGAGAGCGGUGCCGUUGCUGCGGGCGAGGAUGAGGCCAUGCUGCACAGUGCGAGCGGGUCUGGCUCUGGCUCUGUUGGUGCGGCAGGCUCGUCGCAGCCCGAAGCUGUUCCUGGCGGCCGAGAUGACGAGGUAGACAUGUGAAGCGCGACACCACACUCUCAUUCGUUGAAUCACCAUUCCGAACCCGCUUCAUUAGUCAAUCUUGAUACGAGUCCCAUAGAUGUGCAUUGCUUUGAC